AUGGCGGGUUCUGGACAUAUGUGGCCGAAUAGUCAAGAUGAUUAUGAGUUGUUAGAAGUUAUUGGUGUUGGGGCUACAGCAGUAGUGCACGCGGCGUUCUGUCGUCCGAGGAGCGAAAAAUGCGCCAUCAAACGGAUUAAUCUGGAGAAGUGGAACACUUCUAUGGAUGAACUUCUCAAAGAGAUCCAAGCUAUGUCAAGCUGUAACCACGAGAACGUGGUCACCUACUACACAAGCUUUGUCGUAAAAGAAGAGUUGUGGCUUGUCCUGAGACUGCUUGAAGGUGGCAGCCUGCUGGAUAUCAUCAAACAUAAAAUGAGAAUUUCCAAUUGUAAGCACGGAGUCUUUGAUGAAGCGACUAUCGCUACAGUCUUAAAGGAGGUUCUUAAAGGUCUCGAAUACUUCCACCAGAAUGGUCAGAUUCACAGGGAUAUUAAAGCGGGUAAUAUACUGCUAGGUGACGAUGGAACUGUACAAAUCGCUGAUUUUGGCGUGUCCGCAUGGCUUGCGACUGGGCGUGAUUUAUCACGACAGAAAGUCCGUCACACGUUCGUAGGUACCCCUUGCUGGAUGGCACCUGAAGUCAUGGAACAAAAUCACGGAUACGACUUCAAAGCUGACAUCUGGUCGUUUGGUAUAACUGCAAUAGAGAUGGCCACGGGUACGGCACCAUACCACAAAUACCCCCCUAUGAAGGUGUUAAUGCUUACUCUGCAGAAUGACCCUCCGACCUUGGACACGGGUGCAGAAGAGAAAGAUCAGUACAAAGCGUAUGGAAAGACUUUCAGAAAAAUGAUUUCAGAAUGUCUACAGAAAGAUCCGACUAAACGGCCAUCAGCCACGGAAUUGCUAAAGCAUUCAUUCUUCAAAAAAGCGAAAGACCGUAAAUAUCUUGUGCAAACGCUCGUUUCGAUCGGGCCAAGUAUGGAGACCAGAGUGCAUAAGGCCAGCAAACGACAACCGGGUACUUCUGGUAGGUUGCAUCGAAUGGAAACUGGAGAAUGGGUGUGGGAGAGUGAUGAAGAGGACGAUGACGAAGACGGCGAGGCAGCAGAUCGUCCGAUGAACCAGCUGGUUCGCGCGGAUUCUUCUGAUAGUGAGAGCGAUAGCGAGAACCGCGCCGGGUUCACUAUAGGGUCAGUUGAGGCCGAGGAGGCGCCUCUGAUCAACCUUGUCCUGCGAAUGAGGAACGCGCGAAAGGAACUUAACGAUAUAAGAUUCGAGUUCGCUCCAGGUAAAGACUCUGCCGACGGGAUAGCUACAGAACUAGUCGGCGCUGGGCUGGUAGACGGUCGCGAUUCCACAACUAUAGCGCAACAGCUGCAGAUCCUCGUAGACUCCCACAUAUUCCCUAGCGGUGCACCAGUUCCCAGGACCCUCACUUUCCGGCUGGAGUCCGCCGAUCCAGCGGAACCGGUAGACGAGAAAGGCCUGAUAGGUUACGCGCAGUUAUCCAUCGUCGACUGA